UAAGUCCGUCUGUCCUUGCAAAGUGAUUGAGUGUGAAUCACGAGUACAGAUUCAACUACAACCGUCGCUUAAAUUUGACCAACUAUAUAAUAUGUGUAUUGUUCAGAUAUACAAUGAGAAAAUGAGGAACUAAAACAUUUUAAAUUUUCGAAAUUCUAAUUUCUUUUCCUUUACUCUUUUUAAAUAAUUGAAAGUACUUCAUAAAAUGCAAUAAGUAAGAACAAUCCAUGCCUAUAUCAUCACGCUCAUCUAACGCGCGUCAACACCACAUAACCUUUGAGUAGAUGCUGCGUGAGAGACACCAGCAACGGAGCCGUGGAAGAAAGCAUAGAGACUGUGUCUAUACAUAAUUUAAGUCCAAUAUCUUUUUCCGAGUGGCACUUUAUCAUUAUUAUUAUUUUUUCCCUCUUAUUUCUCACUACAUAUCGAUUAACCCUAAAGAAAACUUAUCUUCUGAAUCUAUUAAGUAGAUCUCUAAUCUCUUUAUUAUCUAUAUAGACUCUUUGUAUCUUACUUUUUUUCUUUUGUGCAAAGCUUACUUCUGUUAAUCUUUGUGUCCCUCACAAUUGAAACGUCAAGAAAGAUAUUUGAUCGGAGAAAAGAUAUGACGGGAGGAAUAGGGUUGGGAGACACGACGUACACAAAGGUUUUUGUGGGAGGAUUAGCUUGGGAGACGCACAAGGAUACGUUGAAGAAGCAUUUCGAGCAGUUUGGGGAGAUUUCAGAAGCUGUAGUCAUCACCGACAAGGCUUCCGGCAGAUCUAAGGGCUAUGGAUUCGUGACAUUCAAGGAGACAGAUGCGGCGAGCAAGGCUUGUGUGGACGCUACUCCGGUGAUCGACGGAAGAAGAGCUAACUGCAACCUUGCCUCUCUUGGUCUUCAAAGAUCCAAACCCUCCACUCCUAACCAUGGGGGAGGGAGAAUUAACAAUAUGAGAGUGAUGAUGAGCACAACGCAAACUGGUUUUGGACCACCUCAUCCACCACCCACUUUCCCUCAUUAUCCCCACCUCCCUCUCAAUCUCUUUGGGUACUCUCCAUACUCGUCAGAUUACUCUCCAUUCCCAACGAGCUUGUACGGUGUGUACGGCUGCAACUCAGGUGGACAAUACGGACUAUAUAUAAAUGGAAAUGGUGGAGGCGGUGGACUAACCGCAGCUGCCGCAUCCGCGGCUCCAUUUUAUCCCUGUGGUAGCGGUGGAGGGCAUGGUGGGGUCCAAUUUUCCCAACCACAACCAUUUUAUCAUCAGUUCUCUUCUUAUGACAACCCGCACCAUUACUCUCCUGCCACCAUUUCUCUUCAACAAGGUGUAACGGGCUUUCCGCUUCAGCCACCUCUCAUUCCUUACCGUUGAAAGAAGCUUGGAGUCUUUGGUAGCCAUCAAGCUUCACAUCGUACUUCAUCAUAAUUUUCAUCUUCUUCUCAAGUCAAGAGUCAUCUAUGGUUUAAUGGGUGCUCUCUGGCUAUGAUCUCAACAACUUUCUCUUUCCCACACUGCUCUAGAAGCCACCUCAUAUUAUGGAAUUUGAGGUGGCUUUUAUUUGAAGAUCCCCAAUGGGAUCUCCAGUUACAGAUGGUGAUCAUGUCGUAUUGACAUCUCUCACUUUCUUGCAUUUGCAUCUUCUAGAGAGAAAAGGGUUCUCUCUCGAUAGGGUGAUAAUGCUAAUGGAGCAGAAUCGUUAAUCACUCAUCAUGUGCCAAACUCAAAGCUGAUGCAUGUAUCGGCUUAGUUUUGUCAUGUUGUUUAGCCUAGGGAUGGCUAAUCAACAAGGCAAAGCAAAAUCUCUGUUAGGAUUAAUGUAUAAAAAUCAAGCACUACAACCAUGUGCUGUUUGAAACACUGAAUCAAUGAUCUCAUGUUUAAGGAAAACAUCAGCUAGCCUUUUUGUUGCAUGAUGAACAUGUUAGUCUUAUUUAGCAUUAGGACUUAAUAAGGUCAUCAAGUCUUCUUCCCCAUGGAGGGGAGGAAUGUCUUAAGAUUAUCUUGGUUAUAUGCAUUUUUCAAAGUAUUUGUUAGUUUCUACAACUUUUUAUUUAGAAUAUCGCAUAAAGGGCAAUGCCUUAAUGACACUAGAAAUAUAAGUCUAAGGAUGUAAUCUGUAAUAUUCUAAAACCUAAACAAUACCUGUUAAGGAUAUUAUUUCUCGACAACAUAUUCUUAUCUAAUUAGGUUUUAUCACCUUGUGUUCAUGUCUGUUCUUGUAUCUACAUUUUGGUUUGAACAUGAAAUCAACAAAAGAUUCAUUCUCCAAUGACCCCUGCACUAGCUCACAAUUAUUCUUGUUCUGAAUAAUCUUUAAAGCCAAUAGAGGGCUGAAACUUUUUAAGAGUAGAUGUUUUCUCAUAUAUGGUUGUGUGCCAUCUUGAGAGAAAAAAAUGGUGUAGCCCCAUCCAUGUUCUAUCUCUCAAGUCUGUCCUCUAAAGCAUGCUAGAUGUGAUGGAGAUAAGAUCCCUGUUCAGGGCAGACCCACCAGAAAUUUUCUAUGAUAUCAGAGAAACAAAUUUUAUCAGUGUAGUCCUCAAGAUCUCCCAUACCACACAAGUUAUUCAAGAAGGCCCAUUAUGGGGGAAAUGGAACGUGUCAGUUUAUAUUGGUUUUGAAUAAAACCCGCUAAAUGUGCUGAGUUAAAUUCUUGAAGACAAAGGUGUAGGAUGAUAAGUCCCACUUUGCUUUCCACUCCUCCAGAUUCCCAUAACUCGUCUCUUCUAUAAAGCUUUAGUUCGUUUGCUUUCGAGAGCUUCAAAACAACUCACUGUUUCUGUAUUUAACAUUUACUGCAAGAUUCUGGAUCAGCCCCAUACAUGCUUCACGGACCCACAACUUGGAAUUUUGACUAAAUUGGUAGUGAUGAAACAAAGACAUUUUACAUGUAUAUAUAUUCCUGUUCCAGCAACUUUUCACUUGGUCAAAUCCUUUCAUACCAAUUUCAAG